GAGUGUGACAGAAAUACUUAACCGAUGAUGAUGUUUGCGCCUCCUUCUCAUGCUUCUUCUUGUUCGUCUUCCAGGUAAUGUCCAGAUCCACUCCUCUAACCCAGCCACCAACACUAUCCAGGGUCCGAAUGUUGUGCUGUAUGGAGAGGCCUUGUACUACAACUGUUACAACCUAGAUGCUGUUUGUCGAUUCAACCUCAACACCAAAACUAUCACCACUUUACAACUACCCAAAGGCACCAGGUUUAACUCAAAGGGUAACUUCUGCCACCUUGAGGAAUGCUACCCGUUUACCGACCUGGACCUGGCAACAGAUGAGUCAGGUGUUUGGGUGAUCUAUACCACCAGCCAGGACUUUGGCAACCUGGUGCUGUCCAAGGUGGAGGAGGAUGAACCAAUGACUCUUGGCCAGACCUGGCACACCUCGGUCUACAAGCAGGGGGUGACCAACACCUUCAUGGCCUGUGGCGUGCUCUAUGCAACACGGUAUGUCAACAAAACCAUGGAGGAGAUCUUCUAUGCAUUUGACACCACGACGGGGGUAGAAAGGUUCAACGUUGGAGUUUUCAUCAACAAGAUGACUCCCAACAUUUAUUCCCUGAACUACAGCCCUGUGGACCAGAUGCUACAUGCCUACUGUGACUCCUUCAUGGUCUCCUAUAAGGUCUUGUUUUGGUAAAUGUAUAAUGCUGACAUUGUAUGUAAAUAAGAAUUCCUGGUGCCUGUACCACAAAGCAGGAUUUGAUCUUAUCCAAGUAACUUCGGGGUUAACCCUGGGUUUUCAGUACCACUAAGGUGGUUCACAUUACCGGUGUAGAUCAAAUAAAGGUCAGUUACCUAUACAUGGUAUACAUUGUAAAUUUACAUUGAAAGUUCAGCAUAAUGUGAUAUUUGCAAUCUACUAAUUGCAUUAGUACAAGUCAUGUCAUACUCAGUACUCUGCCGCUCUUAGUUUAUCUUCUUUCCCUUCUACUGUUUUCAUGCUCUAAAUUGAAUCACUUCUACUUUGCUGUUGUUUCAAUCUGUUUUAGGCUACAAAUAAUAAAACUCAACACUUCAUGGAGAUAUUUUUCUUUAAAAGCUGUUUCAGAAAGGGUUUUAUUUCCUCUGAGUUGCUGGGAUUAUUUUAGAUAAAAAACUUGUGCCUGAGUUUCAUUCACAUUAGCUUAACACUGGAUUUAAAAAAAUGGGCAAUUUGUGUUGGAUUAUUUAGUGAACGCAGCAACUGAAAUAUGAAUUCUUAACUGAUUGUAUGUAAACUUUAAUUUUGUUUUCAUGCUGGAUAAAUCUUGUCCAAAACUUC